CUCGUAGCUUCUUCUCUUGUUCAGACCUCACAAGAGCUCUCGUCUACCAACUGCAAGAUGGCAGGUAGCUGCUCUCCCGCAGCGGACGAUUCGUUCGGCCCCGUCAUCGCGUGUCCAACGAUCUUUGACUUCACUCUGCUGUUCGAGCAAAGCAUCCUGUCUAUCGGCCCCUCGGCCCUUCUCCUUUUGUUGGUCCCUUGGCGCAUCUGGUCUCUCUUUUCAGAGGACAUCAAAACUGUUUCAAAUACGGCUCAAUGGCGCAAAUUGGUUGUUGCGUUGUGCCUGGUCGCUAUACAGAUCGCCUCUGUAGUCGAAUGGGCGCGCCACAGCCUGGUCAGGUCUGCCGUUCCUGCGAUUGCUCUGUCGCUGGCAGAUUCGAUAGCAAUAACAGUUCUUUCAGCCAUCGAGCACGACCGCUCAGUACGUCCUUCAUCGCUUCUGAGCAUCUACCUUCUGAUGUCAACGCUCUUCGAUGCCGUGCAAGUGCGCACUCUGUUUAUCCGGCACUAUCCAUCUCCUUUGCCAGCCUUAACUGCGGCAACCAUGGGACUGAAGCUUCUGCUGUUGGUAGUGGAAGCCCAAAAUAAACGCCGGUAUCUGAAGUCACCACUGCGUGCGACGCCGCCCGAAUCAACUAGUGGAAUUUUCGCUCGCACCGUUUUCUGGUGGCUAAAUCGCUUGUUCCUUAGAGGGUUCCAGAAGCUGCUGACUAUCGAAGAUCUAUUCCCGACGGAUGAGGAGUUAAGCUCAAACCGUCUGCGACGCAAGGUUCGAAAAGCCUGGAAGAAAUACAAAUCCAGCCACACAUGCAGCUUAGCUUUUGCGACCGUGCUCAGUCUGCGUUGGGCAAUUCUCAACACAAUCCUCCCCAGGCUUUUCUUGAUAGGCUUCAGCUACGCACAGACGUUCUUCAUCCAGCGUGCAAUUGAGCACCUUUAUGAACCUGAUACCAAGCAGACAAGAAAAGAAAGCUAUGGGUUGAUUGGGGCGGCAGCGCUGAUUUAUGGAGGCAUCGCGAUAUCAACGGUGCAUUACAAACAUCAACUGUUCCGUAUGAUUACCAUGUUCCGGGGCGCAGCUGUUGCGUUGAUCUACGACCACACUCUGGUCCUUGCCGAUGGGACCCGGGAUGACUCGGCAGCCGUGACCCUGAUGAGUACUGACGUUGACAUCAUAACACGGUCGUUGGAGCAAGCCAGCGAGAUGUGGGCUCGAUUGGUGGAGAUUGGAAUUGGUCUCUGGCUGUUGGAGCGGCAGCUUGCCGCUGUGUGCGUGGCUCCCGUCCUCGUGAUUCUUCUGUGUACAUCCGUUCAGAUGUAUAUGGCGACAUUCAUGCCUGCAAGACAAACAGUCUGGGUUGGGGCUAUUCAGCGUCGCGUGAGCAUUGUCUCCACGGCUCUGAGGUCGAUGAAAAGCGCCAAGAUGCUAGGACUGUCGGACGUGCUCUCCACAGUUCUUCAAGCGCAGAGGCAACGCGAGCUUGACUUAUCCAGGGACUUCCGAUGGUUGAUUGUAUGGCUCAAUGUGGUUGCGAGCUUCCCAACGACGUGUGCCUCUCUGGUCACAUUUGCGGCUUUCGUUAUUCGUGCAAGGAUUGAUCAUUCGCAGACACUGUCGACAGUACAAGCUUUUACAUCUCUAGCUAUCAUCAAUCUCAUCACGACCCCUGCCCUGCAACUACUGGCAUCGAUCCCGGCGGUAACAGCUGCCUGGGGUGCCUUAGACCGCAUUCACAAAUUCCUCACUUCCCCAUCCAUGAGCUCACUAUCGUCUGGAAGAAAUGCUGCCAACGACAGAGUGUCUCACAGCAGCCCCGGAUCGGCGGUGGAAUUAAAUAUAUUGCCACCAAAAGUACGCUCCGAUAAAGUGGUUUUGAGGAUGACGGAUGCUUGUAUCCGCCCCACUCCUGACUCUGACUUUUCGCUCACGGAGAUCAAUGUAGCGAUUGAAAUAGACACCGUGACAAUGCUUUCUGGCCCGGUGGGUUGUGGAAAGUCGACGCUCCUGAAGGCGGCGCUGGGUGAACUACCUUGCGAGCGAGGAACGAUUGCACGAGAAUGGCACGGCGGUGCCUACUGCAGCCAAACUCCCUGGCUUCAGAACACAACCAUUCAGAAGAAUAUCUGCGGAGAUUCGGAUCUAGAUCAUGAUUGGUAUAAGAAGGUAGUCAAGGCAUGUGCACUGGAGCAGGACAUCUCGCGAAUGCCUCAGGGCGAUCAGUCCGUGGUCGGGAGUGGAGCGCUCAAGAUGAGCGGAGGGCAGAAGCAGCGCCUUGCAUUAGCUCGAGCUAUUUAUUCGAGAAAACGUCUUUUAGUGCUUGAUGAUGUUUUGAGCGCCGUGGACGCCAAGACGGCACACUACGUUGCUGAGGCCUGUUUUGGCGACAAUGGAAUCUGCCGAAAAAUAGGCGCAGCUGUACUGAUGACCGCACAUUCAGAUCAGCUAUGGCGUUUUGCAGACAACAUUAUCAUGCUGGAUUCAUGUGGACGUAUCGAGAAACAAAGCUCUGUACAGAGCUUAGGAUUGGCUUCCCAAACAAUCCCAGCUGCGACAGAGACCGACUCAGAAGCCUCGACUUCCCAGACCGAGAGAAAGGGCCAAUCAGCCUCUACCAAGAAGGUCGAAACCCUGACUGUUGAUGAUAUAGCUGAUAUAUCCCGCCGUACUGGCGACGUUGCAGUUUACACUUAUUACUUGAAAGCCAUCGGAUGGCGCAGCACCUUGGUGGCUUGUUUUAUCAUUGUUGUGCACACGUUCUCCUCAAUCUUUCCUCAGAUAUGGCUUGAGCUGUUCACGAACGACCAUGGCAAGAAUGCCGCUGAGUUUGUUGGCAUCUACGUGCUUCUUGCCGUAAUGGCGUCAGGGUCGCAAGGCCUUAUGAUAUGGCAAAUCAUGAUAAAGAUCGUCAUCAAGUCAGGAUUAGAACUUCACGGGAUCCUCGUUCGAGCCGUAACCAACGCGCCGAUGCAUUUCUUUGCGGGAGUCGACUCUGGCGUCAUACUUAACAGGUUCAGCCAGGACAUGACCCUAGUAGAUGCGGUACUACCCACGAUGGCCUUCGGAACAGUGCUAAGUAUUGCGCAAUGCUUUGGCCAAGUUGCUCUAAUAUCACUAGGCUCCAGCUAUAUGGCUGUCACCAUCAUUCCGUGCUUGCUGGUCUUAUACUGCGCGCAGAAGGUCUACCUGCGAACUUCUCGACAGCUCAGGUUCCUCGACCUCGAAGCUCGAAGCCCUCUUUAUACAUUGUUUGUCGAGACUCUCGAGGGCCUUCCUACAAUCCGGGGCCUUGGAUGGCGUCGGUCAUUCAUGGCUGAUUGCCUGAGCCGACUUGACGAGUCUCAAAAACCAUACUACUUGUUCUAUUGUAUCCAGCGAUGGCUCAAUGUAGUGCUCGACCUCCUGGUCGCUGCUCUGGCUGUGAUACUGAUCGCACUGGCCACAUCGCUGCGAGACUCGACGAAUCCGGGAAAGCUAGGCGUAUCGUUGACCGCAAUCAUGGCAUUUAGUCAAACCCUGCAGGAUGUGGUGUCCAACUGGACUGCUUUGGAGACAUCCCUUGGUGCGAUUGCGAGGACCAGGUCAUUCGAGAUGAAAACACCGACUGAACACGAGGCCCGGGAAACGGUUAUUCCACCAUCAACUUGGCCUGCUGAUGGGCGGAUUGAGAUCAAAUCUCUUUCUGCCUCAUAUGAUGGCCAUAUAACCGCAUUAGACAAUAUAUCCUUCCGCGUAGAGGCUGGCGAGAAAGUCAUUUUGUGUGGACGGACUGGCAGUGGCAAGAGCACGCUCAUAUCAGCGCUUCUCCGCCUUCUCAACACGUCCAGCGGCACGAUCACAAUUGACGGCAUCGAUAUCUCCACCCUCCCACGCAAUCUGCUCCGCUCGCGUAUCAUCGCCAUACCUCAAGACCCUUUCAUCCUUCCUGGUUCCAUCCGCUUCAACUUGGACCCGACCGGUCGGUUAAUCGACUCGACUCUGCUUUCGGCUUUGGAGAAAACCAACUUACUUCAAGUGGCAACAUCUCGUGGCGGACUGGAUGCAGAGUUGACAUCCUCCUCUAUGUCUCAGGGUGAGCAAAGACUCUUCGCGUUGGCGGUGGCCCUGCUGCGGAAAUGGGACCGGGACAAUGUCAGUAAAGAGAGAGAGAGUGGUAUAGUCCUUCUAGAUGAAGCCACCGGCGGAACCGACGCUGCGACUGAGGCGUUGAUGCAGCAGAUCAUUGUGAAAGAGUUUGGUGGUUACACCGUUCUUCACAUCUCCCACCGGCCUGCCAUGAUGAAGGGUGGAGAAAGGGUGAUCGAGAUGGAAAAUGGCCGCAUCGUGAGGGACGAGAGAUUUGGUCAUAGGAGCCACUGAGCUUAUUGUCUGCAUGCGGAAAUUGGACCGUGGCUGCGGCUACGGUGUUCAGAUCGAGACACCUAAAUUUAAGCUGCGUGAGCGAUUCGCUACUGAUAGUGUUAUUGUACCUUGUGCACUAGGAACAAUUAC